AUGGGCUGCCGAGUAAGUACAUUGAUUGAUGAAGAGUCGGAUCCGUUUCUUCAAGAUAAACAACUCAAUGAUGCUAUCAACCAUUCACUUCAUUUGAGUAAAGCUCAUUCUAAAAAUGGCAUCAAGCUACUAUUACUCGGGGCUGGUGAAUCCGGCAAGUCGACUGUGUUAAAACAAUUGAAAGUUUUACACAAGGGCGGGUUUACACAACAGGAAAGAAUGCAAUAUUCACAUGUUAUUUGGUGCGAUGUGAUUCAGCAAAUGAAGAUUUUAAUUAUCCAGGCUAGAAAGUUAAAGAUCCCUUUGGAUUGUGACAAAGAAGGUAGUGAGUUGAUUCCGUAUAAGCAGUGUGUCUUGCGUAGUGAUGCAUUAACACAGAUUGAUACGGGUGUUGCUGGGGGUAAUGAGUUUCUAAGUGAUUACAUUUUGAAAUAUGACGAGAAAUCAAAAGCCAAGAGGAAAUUGAAUAGUACUGGAGUAGUCGAGUUCUUGGGAGAUGGUAAAGAAGUCACCGAGGAAAAAGAUUUCGUAGAUGCGGAAACAAUGCACGGAGUUUUGGCCAACUCUCCAGUAAGUAGGUUGAGGUACUCAAAGAGGGAUAUUGUCGAGGCGAUUCAGAAGCUAUGGACUCAAGAUUCAGGGAUUAAAAAAUGUUUUGAGAGAUCUAAUGAAUUUCAGUUUGAAAGCAGUGCUGAGUACUACUUCAACAAUGUGUCCAAAUUUGCUGAUCCUUAUUAUGUUUGUUCCGAUAUGGAUAUUUUAAAGGGCCGUAUCAAAACGACGGGAAUAACAGAAACUAACUUCACGAUUAAGUCGUUCCCAUUUAAAGUUCUUGAUGCUGGUGGCCAACGUAGUGAAAGGAAAAAAUGGAUACACUGCUUUGAUGAUAUUACCGCAGUGUUGUUUGUUCUUGCAAUUAGCGAGUAUGAUCAAAUGCUAUUUGAGGAUGAGAAAGUCAAUCGUAUGCACGAAUCCAUUAUUUUGUUUGAUCAAUUGUGCAACUCGAAAUGGUUUGCAAACACGCCUUUCAUCUUGUUUUUGAAUAAAAUCGAUUUAUUUGAAGAGAAGAUUAAACGAAACCCAUUGAAAAAGUACUUUCCUGACUAUACUGGUAAAAGUGAUGACGUUAACGAAGCUAUAAAGUUUUUUGAAACGAAUUUUAUGAAAAUGAAUCGGACUAAUGAACCCGUUUAUAUUCAUCGCACGUGUGCAACUGACACCAACUCAAUGAAGUUUGUUCUCAGUGCAGUUGCUGAUAUGAUUAUACAACAAAAUUUAAAAAAGAGCGGUUUAAUGUGA